GAGAGGUUUGUUAGUGGGCGCGGCCCGUGUUUGUCACAUCGCCUUUGGCCAAUGAGGGGCGUGAGGGGGCGUUUCCUCCCGGACGGGGGAGCGACAGGUCCGUGGCCUGGACAGACAUCCACCCGGCUAUGUCUUCCCCCGAAAUUGCCUCCCUCUCAUGGGGACGGAUGACCGUGAGAGGCUGCUCCACCACCUAUAAAGACUGUAAAGUGUGGCCUGGAGGCAGCCGGACAUGGGAUUGGAGAGAAACAGGCACGGAUCACAUCCCUGGAGUUCAGCCUGCAGAUGUGAAAGAAGUUCUUGAAAAGGGUGUGAAAACAUUAGUCAUCGGUCGGGGCAUGAGCGAGGCCUUGCAGGUCCCGCCAGCCACAGUGGAGUAUCUGAGGAAGCACGGGAUUGAUGUGAUGGUCUUGCAAACGGAGCAGGCUGUGAAAGAAUAUAAUAUUUUGGCUUCCCAGGGAGUCAGAGUGGGCGGAGUCUUCCAUUCUACCUGUUAGAGCAGGGG